AUGAACAAUUUGGGCGCCGGUGGUCAAGCUGAGCCAUACGUUAUCAAUGCUGUGAACGUCAUCACAUUCGUAAUUAUGAUUGUGCUGUCACCGCUGGCGAGCAUGGUCGGGAACUUGAUUGGUAUGAAGUGGAUUGUCGUCAUCGGAACUCUGGGCUAUGUACCGUACUCCGCUGCGCUCUAUUUCAGCAUUUGGAUGGCUCUUGGGAAGCUCGGGUCCAUCAUCGCCACCGCGAUUCAACUUGCCAUCAACAAAGACAGCGACACGACCGGCGUCAUCUCACCUUCGACUUACCUGGUCCUCGUUGCAAUUCAAUGCUUAGGAUUGCCACUUUCACUAUUGUUGGCACCGCCCGACAAGCUGAUCCGCAAAGACGGGAAGAAGCCCAUCUUUGCCAACUCUCAGCGAACAUUCAAGACACAAGCUAGGGGCUUCCUUGCGCAGUUCAAACGAAAGGAGAUCUUGCUUCUCAUCCCAGCCUUCAUCACCGCACAGUGGGGCGUCACGUACCAAGGUAAUUACAUGGCUGCAUACUUCACCGUUCGCGCUCGUACCCUUGCGGGUUUCAUCAUUGCCGUUGUCGGCGCGAUAUCAAAUGUUCUUGCAGGGUGGUGGCUUGAUUCAAAUCACUUGAAGAGAACUACCCAAGCACGUUGGAGUUGGUAUUUCUUGUUGGCUCUCUUCACACUGGUUUGGGUCUGGAAUCUGGUCGUUCAGGAGAGAUGGGCGAGAAAGAGUCCUGGUGAGAUUGAUUGGGUCAGUGAGAGCUUCGGCGAGGGAGUUGCAAUCUUCAUUCUCUAUCGCAUUGCCUAUGAGACUGUCGGCGUAUGGCUCUACUGGACUCUCGGGACCUUCGACGUUGAAGCGGACACCAUUGCUUUGUCGAUGGGUGUCCUUCGCUCUGGAGAAUCGUUGGGGUCGGCUCUGGCCUAUGCCGUUGGCUCCAUCCGCAGCGCCUCUUUGAUGACGAACUUGGUCAUAUCUGUAGUCGUAUUUUACGUAGGGGCACCAGCGACGACAUGGGCUGCCCUCCUUGUCAAGGACCGACUUCUAGGUGAAGUAUCUGGCCUGGACAGCGACGUAGAUACCUCGGAUUCGAACGUAGCCGAGCAAUCUGACGCGGAGCAGAUUCAAGUCAACUCCACGUCGAAAGCAUGA